UUAAUUAUAAAUUUAUAUUAAUUUUUCAUAUAAUUAUUUUUUAUAAAACCUAUGCAAUAUAAACAAAUUGAAACUAAAUGCAAUCCGAGUUAACAACUUUUUAAAGUAUAUUAUAUUUAAGUUAUUUUCGAUUGUUUUGAUAUGUUUAUGACUUUAGUGAACUCUAGCAUUAUAGUGCCUGAGUAAAAAGAAAUACUACAAAUUAUUAUUUAUUAGAAUAUCCAAAUUUUGUAAUUACACUUUGAAAUGGAUCAAGAAAAUAGAGUGAUCACACUGAUCGACAUGGACUGUUUUUAUUGUCAAGUUGAAGAGAAACUUAAUCCAGAAUUGAAAGGAAAACCUAUGGCAGUCGUGCAAUAUAAUCCCUGGAAGGGUGGUGGAAUAAUAGCUGUGAAUUAUGUGGCGAGAGCUAUGGGUGUCACCAGACAUAUGAGAGGUGAUGAAGCCAAAGAAAAAUGCCCUGAAAUACAGCUGCCAUCUGUUCCCUGUCUCCGAGGAAAGGCAGAUAUAACUAAAUAUAGAGAUGCUGGAAAAGAAGUAGCCAAAGUUCUACAGAAGUUCACACCCUUAUUAGAAAGAGCAUCCAUAGAUGAAGCCUAUAUGGAUAUAACUAAACCUGUAGAAGAAAGACUAAAAACUCUAAACAUUAACAUGGUCAAUUCAGAGAUACUGCCCAACACAUAUGCUCUCGGAUAUGAUAAUGUGAAUGAAUUUAUUACGGAUGUUCACAAUUGUGGCGGGGAGUGCAUGGAGUUUGACUAUGAACAUGCAAAGAGGUUAUUGGUGGGCUCAAUCAUUGUUAGUGAGAUACGGGCUGCUGUUUUUAAAGAAACGGGUUACAAAUGUUCUGCAGGCAUAGCACACAAUAAAAUACUAGCAAAAUUGGUUUGUGGUAUGAAUAAACCGGACAAACAAACUGUAUUACCGAAGCAUUCUAUAAACAUACUGUACAGGACAUUAUCUUUAAAAAAAGUUAAACACUUAGGAGGCAAGUUCGGGGAUACAGUUUGUGAAGUAUUGAAAAUUAAAACAAUGGCUGAAUUACAAACAUAUACAGAAAAAAAGCUACAAGAAAAAUUUGAUGAAAAAAAUGGAUCAUGGCUAUACAAUAUAGCGAGAGGUAUCGAUAUGGAGCCUGUACAAGCAAGAUUUAAUCCAAAGAGUAUUGGGUGCUGCAAACAAUUGAGGGGUAAAGCUACAGUACAUAAUUUACACAGCUUGAAAAAAUGGCUGGAUGACUUGGGUGAUGAAAUAGAUGAUCGAUUAGAAAAAGACUCAUUAGAAAAUAAUAGAACACCGAAACAGAUGGUUGUGAGUUUCACCACACAGUUACUCGAUGGGAGAGACACUAGCAGUUCAAGGUCGUAUAAUUUUGCUUCUGAUGACGAACUGUGCGGAGAAUUGUUUUCAAGUAAAGCUCUAGAGUUGGUUAUGGACAGUUUAGAAGGCAUAAAAUUGAAAGACUGUGUUAUGAUUUCAGGAAAUGAAAGUGACAGAAAAUUAAAAGGUCCCAUAAAAUUCUUGGGGAUUAGUGUAGGUAAAUUUGAAGAUAAUUUAGAGACUAAGAAAGUAAAAAAAAUUGUGGAUUACUUUGGUGCUGGUUCAUCAAAAGAUAUUAAUAAGACAAAUAAGAAUGAAGGCUUAAAUGAAAUAAAGAAAGAAUGUAUAGAUGACAAAAGUAAGGAUGGAAAAGAAUAUAUUAUAAAUAAAUUCUUUCAAACAAACAGUCUUUCAAAGAGUACAGAAAAUGUGUCUGCAAAAGUAAAGAAAGAAAACAGUUCAGCUACUGAAUCUUUCUUUGCAAAAUUUUUAAAUAAUAUUGACAAACAAACUACAAGUGUUGAAGUUCCAAAAGUAAAGAUAUUGGAAGAGAAAGGGAAAUCUGGUCCACCGGCUACACCUACCUGCGACGUCGUUAACCAUGGGGAAAAUAGCAGUGACUCUAAUUAUUCAGCAUCCACAAUCAACAAUGAAAUUAAUCAAAGUAUUGCACUAUUUGACGAUGAUCUUGAAGAUGUUAGUCGCGUGAGUAAUAUGAGACAACUGUUAAAUACUUCUGCUAUAAUAGAUGAAAGUAGCAAUCAAUCUUAUAAAGAAGUAGAAAAAAAUAAGGAAAUCGAAUCUAAUGGUCCCCAAAAAGCUAUAAUACAUGAACUAUCGGACACAUUUUGCUGCUCAGAAUGUGGAAAAACUUUAGCGAUUGAUAAAUCUGAUGUACAUGCUGAUUAUCAUUUGGCACUUAAAUUGAGAGAUGAAGAAAGACAACAAAUGCGCAAUGAAUCAAAACAAAAAAAUAUUACAAUGAAUCACAAUACGAAAUGUAAAUCGCCUGUGGUUGCAGAAAACAAAAAUGAAGCUGUUACAUCUAUAGCUAGCUUUCUAGUAAAAAUUGACGACACUGUUCCUACUGAAAUGUGUGCAGAAUGUGGCAAGAGGAUACCUGUAGAUAAAAUUGGAGAACAUUUAGAUUUCCAUGAAGCACAAAAAUUGAGUAGAGAAAUAAAUAAAAAGUCAAUUUCAUGUAAUGUGAAUGGAAGUAGUUCAAAGAGAAAAAAGGCCUCUUCUAUGGGGGUGCCAUUCAAGAAAUCCAAGGUGCUAUAUAAAUCUAUAGAUUCCUUCUUUAGGUAGUCAUUGAAAUGCAAUCAUGUACAGUUUUAAUA